AUGGCUUCUGCGACCGCCACGUGGACACCUAACUCCCUCCAGCUCCGUCUCGCUUUCUCCUCCUCCGGCGUUCGCCGGAGAUCGCACUCCGUUUACUUUCGACCUUCGCGGUUAGGUAGGAAAUCGGGUUAUGGAGUUGUCUGUGCUUCUCAGAAGCCGGAAGUCGACGCGUGGUCAGGAUCGGAUUCGUCAAAGCCGUCAUCGGAUGGCUUGGCUGGGUGGGACGAUUCCGGUAACGACGAAAAGUCUUCUAGAGCUGCGAAGAAGAGUUGGAUUGAAGGUGUAGUGGGGGCUGGAGUGGCUGGAAUCAUUUUGGUUGGUGGGCUAAGCUUCGCAGUAGCAUCUUUUAACAAGCGUAAUAAUCCCAGACUAAAACAGGAAAUGCAGCCGUUGACUUCUCAGCAGGAAAGUGUGCUUCUAUCAUCUGAUGAAAUUCCUAGUGAUGAAGUCAAGGUGGCUAAUAGUGAGGAAAACAUUCUUAAGGGCGAGGAUAAGAGUGUAGAGAACAAUGAUAUAAGCCAGCAAAGUGAUGAAGCGUCUGGUGAAGAUAAAAUACUUGGUACCGAGAAUUCGUCAUCUGAUGGUGUCAUAUCUGGUGGAACAGAUGCCACUGAAAAUAUCACUUCCCAAAAUACGCCUGAAGCAGAUCUGGUGCUCCAUGUACAAUCUGAUCCUGAGACAGCAGAAAGCGAGAAAAUAAUUUCUAAAUCCAAUUCUCUGGUGGACUCAUCCUCUGAGGCUAUUCUUCUAGAUUCAGAAAGUAGUAAUCUUGCUGGAGCGGGAAAUCCAACUUCUGAAGAUCCGGAUAGCCUUCCAAAAACUGAACCAACCAAUGUGUCUGGAUUAGAAAAUCAGGUUAACAGUCAGAAGGAAGAUUCCAUGCCUUCUUCUACUGACAUUGAUGCUGAUGGAGCCACCGGGACUGUAGCUGUUGGCAUUUUGGUUGCUUCACAAUCGGACUUGACUUCGGAUCCUCACACUGUGCCACUAAAUGACACGGAGACAGCAUUCUCGACUGUAACUGAGGAGCUUCCUGAGGUAAACAGAACACCUGAAGACUCGUCUACGAGAAGUAUGUCAUCAAUCUUAGACAUAGACACAACGAAAGAAAUUGAAUCUUCGAAAACUCCUGUGCCAGAAUCAACAUAUUGGUUUAAAGAUGAACUAAAUAUGAAUAGUCAAGAUGAGCUUGGCGACAACGGACAGCCUUUGGAAAUAUCGAAUGGUGGAAGUGCAUUUUCUUCAGCAGGAAUUCCUGCACCCUCUAUAUCUUUUCAAGUAAAUCCUGGAAAGAUUCUUGUCCCCGCAGCUGCGGAUCAGGUCCAGUGUCAAGCAUUUGCAGCUCUGCAAGUUUUGAAGGUCAUUGAAACUGACACCCAACCUAGUGAUCUAUGUUCUCGCAGAGAAUAUGCCCGGUGGCUGGUUUCUGCCAGCAGUGCGUUAUCGAGAAACACAACCUCAAAAGUGUAUCCUGCAAUGUACAUAGAGAAUGUUACUGAGCUUGCUUUCGAUGAUAUUACUCCAGAGGACCCUGAUUUUUCAUCCAUUCAAGGGUUGGCAGAAGCAGGACUUAUCAGGAGCAAGCUUUCUAAUCUUGAUUUGCUUAACGAUGUUGAUGGCACAUUCUUGUUUUCUCCUGAAAGCCUUCUUUCACGCCAGGAUCUUAUAAGCUGGAAAAUGACCUUGGAGAAACGGCAGCUUCCAGAAGCUGAUAAAAAGAUGCUGUACAAACUCUCGGGUUUCAUUGACAUCGAUAAGAUCAACCCAGAUGCAUGGCCUGCCAUUAUUGCAGAUUUAUCUAGUGGUGAACAAGGAAUCGCUGCCCUUGCAUUUGGUUGUACAAGAUUGUUUCAGCCUCAUAAACCCGUCACAAAAGCCCAGGCUGCCAUAGCUCUCUCAAGUGGUGAGGCUGCUGACAUAGUCAGUGAGGAACUGGCACGAAUUGAAGCAGAAUCCGUGGCUGAAAAAGCCGUGUCUGCGCAUAACGCCCUCGUCGCAGAGGUCGAAAAGGAUGUCAAUGCCAGCUUUGAGAAAGAGCUUUCCAUGGAACGAGAAAAGAUUGAAGCAGUCGAGAAAAUGGCGGGACAGGUGAAAUUGGAGUUGGAGCAGCUGCGGGAGAAGAGAGAGGAAGAGAAUCUGGCGUUGGUGAAAGAACGAGCUGCUGUUGAGUCAGAAAUGGAGGUGCUCUCAAGGUUGAGACGUGAAGCAGAAGAGAAGCUGGAGGAUUUGAUGAGCAACAAGGCGGAGAUAUCUUUUGAGAAGGAGAGGGUUCUGAAUCUUCGAAAAGACGCAGAAGAAGAGAGCCAGCGGAUUUCAAAGUUGCAAUAUGAAUUGGAAGUUGAGCGUAAAGCUCUGUCCAUGGCCAGAUCAUGGGCCGAGGAGGAAGCAAAGAGAGCUAGAGAACAAGCAAGAGCCUUAGAAGAAGCUAGAAAGCGAUGGGAAACAAAUGGACUAAGAGUUAUGGUUGACAAAGACCUUCAAGAGAAGAGCAGUGGAGAGGUAGAAGAAAGCGUAUUGCUAAACAGCGGAGAGCCUUCUUCGGUCCAAAAAACCGAGGAGAGGGCCCAAACCCUAAUGGAUAAGCUGAAGGGGAUGGCGGAAUCCAUAGGAGGAAAAUCGCGGGAAGUGAUAUUCAUUGUGAUGGAGAAAAUACGUUUAUGGAUUAUGGUUUUGAAGGAAUACGCGGAGAGUUUGGGGAAGCGAGCAGGGGAAAUGAGAGAGGCAGCCAUUGUUAGGGCAAAAGGAGCAUCAGAGGAGGUUGAGAAAGGGACAGCUCAGGUGAGCGAUAAGGUGAAGAGAAUGGCUGAAGAGUGCAGAGAUGGAGUUGGGAAGAUCUCUCAGAGGUUCAAGACCUAA